AGCGAGAGAGAGCGCGCGCGCGCUUGAGGUUGGAGAGCUCUGUAACGGAGAGUGUGAGCUCGUGCACAGCGGCGCUUCAGAGCAGUAAAUGAACAUGAGCGAGUCGGUGGUGAAUUUUUCCGGCAGCUGGAGGAUGAGAAGCUCAGAGAACUUUGAGGAGCUGCUAAAAGCGCUGGGCGUAAAUGUCUUCUUGAGGAAAAUCGCAGUAGCCGCAGCGUCCAGGCCCUCGGUUCAGAUCGAGCAGCAAGGAGAGACUCUGUCGAUACAGACAUCCACCAGCGUCCGCACUACUCACGUGAUCUUCACCGUGGGCCAGAUGUUCAACGAGACCACUGUAGAUGGACGACCAUGCACAAGUUUUCCGAAAUGGGACUCUGACAGAAAGAUCACCUGUGAGCAGACGCUGCUGAAAGGCGAGGGACCUCGGACAUCCUGGACUCGUGAGCUGACCGAUAACGGGGAGCUCAUUUUAACUAUGAGUGCUGGAGACGUUGUCUGUACCCGUGUCUACGAGCGAGAGUGAGGGAUCUCACAAUAUUUGGUUAAAAACUUCAUUUAAUCAUGAAUGCUGUGGUACAAGUGUUUAUCUUGUAUGUCUGCUAUCUACUAUCGGCCGCUCUCCAUCUACAGCACCAUGAAAAAGUGUUUGCCCCUUACAGAUUCCUGCUCACUUUGCAUAUUUGGCACACUUACUUAUUCCAGAUCUUAAUUUAAACAGUAUUUAAAAAAUGACUGAAAUAGAUCCUGACCAGCAAUGUGAAGUAUGAAAAAUGAGAAAUACGGUUAUUGAAAUACAUCAGUCUGGAAGCCAUUGCAAAGGCUCUGGUGCUUUAUUUAAGGAAAUUUAGGCUUUGUUCUUCCCAGAUAGGGUCGUUAUCCAUGAUGUUAACGGCGAAGAGCUACUACUAACACAAAGGAUCAUUAAAGGGAUAGUUUUGUUUGUCUGCCUUAAAUCAUAUACAUUAAGUACAUUAAAACAGGUCUUGGUCGUCCUCAUUUUUUUAAUUUAAGACAGACUUGAGCUAUCCCUUUUAGGGGUUUGUUGUACAUUUGGGGACAUAAGGAAGACCUGGAUAAUGAUCCAAACCUUUUGCAAUAAUUAUAAUGGCAUAAAGAUCCUUUCAUCCAUCCAGCUUGAAACCUCUGUAUUCCCACUUAGGACCAUGGAGGCCAAUGGUGACCAUUGUCUCUAUUACUAUUAUUAAGACAUUCUCUGGACAACAUUUACACAUGCUCUUACACACUUUACUCACUUUGGGAGCGCCGAUUAGCCUAAUCUGCAUGUCUUUGGAGAAUGAGAAAAGUCAUAAAGAUAACCCUGCAUUUCACAUGAAAAAACUUAUGCCAGCCAUGAAACAUGGUGGUGGUAGCAUGAUAGUGUGUGGAUACUUUGCAGGCUUGGCAGACUUGAAAUUAAUUGAUUGAUAAUUGAUAGACCCAGGAAUUCUUUCAUCCACAAAAAAGACAGCGAUCAUAAGCCCAAAAGGUUUGGGCUAAAAGGUUUGGUCUAGUUGGAUCAACUUAAAGUUCCGAACCUUGUUGAGAUGCAGGUUAUUCUAGAAAGCCCUCGAGUGUGGUUGAAUUAAAAUUCUCCCUUCAAAAGGAUGAUCUCCAGUUAUCGGUAGCACUGGGUUGCUGUUACUGUAUUUCAGCAAGAAGUUAUUAAAUUUGGCGGGACAAUCGCUUUUUUCAAAUUGGGUGAUACCGGUGUUGCAUGACACUUUUCUUUCCUUUAUAAGCUGUGUAUAUGUGUUUCCUCUUGCUCUUCUUUUUGUCUUAUUUUACAGUGAGACAAAUAUGCAAAUGUGUCAGUGUGACAAAUAUGCAAAAAUACCUUAAAAUGCACUCUAUGUGAGAGGACUUGUACAGCAUGUACAGCAUAAGAUAAAAGUGUACGUUUGUAUGUUUAAAGCCCACUAUUUCGGCCAGUUCAUGACAGAAAAUCUGCAUGUUUUAUAAUCAAUAAAAAAAUUUUUAGAAAAAUUGAAAAUAUAUGUAGAGGC